CAAGUUAGAGGAGCAUAGCUGCUUGGCGUAAAUUAACAGAGAGAGAGAGUGAAAGGGGAAAAUGGAGCAGCCAUCUUCUCCAGGAACAAGACCAGUGGAGCUCAGAGACUGUAUAGAGGAGCUCAUGAAGUUCACUCUCCAGGCCUACACAGAUCAAACCUUGGGAUUAGAUCUUCAUCUUUCCAAGGAUUUCUGCUUCCAGCUGCUCAAUGAUUCUUACCACUCCGAUUCCGAACAAGCCCUUCCACAAUCUUUAUACCAGCGUCUAGCUUCCAUUUUAUGCGAAUUUAUAACUUAUGGUUCCUUUUCUGAGACAACCAUGUUCAUGGAAUCAUACAAUCUAGACAAUGACUUGAGAGAAAGAGGAAAAUGGGACAAAUUGAUUCUGGAUGAAGGAACUCAAUUACUUAAUAUCUUGAAGAGUGUAAACUUUGAAAUUGAUGUUCAGGAGCCUUUCUUUACACAAUUAAGAGAUGGCCUGAAAACAGUUGAAGGAAGGUGUGCUGUAGGUGACUAUAAUCAAAUUGAAUCAGGAGCAUUGAUCCUCUUUAAUAAAUGUCUGGUGCUUCAAGUUCAGGAUAUUCACCGGUAUGCUUCAUUUGCUGAGAUGUUGGAAGCAGAGAGUCUUGAAAAAGUCCUUCCUGGAGUAAAAACCAUUGAUGAAGGUGUUAAAGUUUACAGAAAGUUUUAUACAGAAGCAAAAGAAAGAGCCAAUGGUGUACUUGCUAUUUGUGUUGCAAAAUCAUCAGCCCAACCCUACAUUCCUUUGGCUGGGAUUCUUUCUGGAUUAAGUUAUAAAGGGAUUGCAAACUAUUUGGGUCAGCAUUAUUUUCCUGGAACAAUACCAGGUAAGUAGAUAUGCCCUCCCUUGCCAAAAUCAGUUCAUCUUUCUUCAUCUGAAGUGCCUUGUAAGCAAUGUAAGAUAUGACAUGCUAAUAAUGCUAUGAAUUUUUGGCUUGAACUUGUCCCUUUCCAAACUAAUAGUGUUGUAACUGAAUUCUAUAUUGUUUCAUCUCAGCGUAAAUGUAUAUAAUGGAAACAAAAAAUAUAUGGAUUCUUGCACUAUGGCGAAAGGAAAGAUAAAUGGCAGUGUAUCGAGAUCGAAAGGCUGGUUCAGAAGGCAACCACAACCAAACACCAGAAGGAAAGGCUGCUGCUGCAGGGCAGGAAAUUUUAGGAACACAAACAUAUUUGAUCUGUGUUUUGUUCCAUCCUUUUGAAACUCACUUGAAUUGCAUCAGACUCUUCCAUGGGCACUCCGCAGAAUUUGAACUAUUAUGUCUUCUGAUAA